AUGGAGGACGUCGCCGGCACGCCAUUUACACAGCUUAGCAGCCCAAAGCCCAAACAGGAUCAAGAGUUUUUCCGUACUGUGAUGUAUGACCCGCGCGUUUUCAGGAAUUUGGAAUGGGCGCUGGUUUGGACGGGUCUGUCGAGCAGCCAACUUGUUUGGGUAUUUCUUGCUGCCAUGGCGGCGUGGACUUUGGGUGUGACCAUCCCAGUUGGAAACGCACUAUUGAGAUGA